UGUCAUUUUUGUGUAAUAGAAAUAAAAGUAAUAAAACGUAAAUGUACAUAACAAAAUAUUUUUUAAUGCCAAUACAUUUUUAUUUGAUAUUUUUAAACAUCUAUAAUAUUUUUGUAAUUCACUUAUAAAAUUUAAAUAUAUAAGAGACAUUUUCAAUUGCCUAAUGUAGUUUCAUAUAUUUUUACUCUGAUAGUCCGAUGUUAAUGUAUACCUACUCAAUUCAAUUUAAAAAUAAUUAUCAUUAAUAAAAAUUGAAUAUAAUUUAUUUUAAAUGUCUGGGAACAGUGAUGAAGCAUUCCAUCGUACUGGAUCAUUUCGUCGUGUCUUACCUCCUGGAAAUGAUACUACCGGUAUAAGUGGUAUAGCAGUCAAAUCUACCAAUACCAAUAACUCUUAUAUAAAUGCAAAUUAUAUUCCUUUUUUUCUUGAGUAUACCCUCAUGUCUGAAUUUAAUAUUUUGAGCAAAAAAUUAAUACCAGGAGUAUAUGUUAUACCAGCUGAUAAAACUCCAUUCAUAUGGUUUGGAGUAAUUUUCCCAAGGUACGGACUUUAUAAGAAUGGAGUUUUUCGUUUUCGUUUACUUAUAGAUAGUAAUUGGCCAAAUUGUGAUUGUCCCAAAGUGAUAUUUGAAACACCUCUAUUUCAUCCAUUGGUCAAUCCAGUCACUGGGGAAAUGAAUGUUCAAUAUCAUUUUCCAGAAUGGAAAAAAGGAGUUAGUCGUAUUUGGCAUGUAAUAGAUCAUGUAUCAAAAUCAUUUUAUGAUAUACCUAGAACUAAAACUCCUGAAAAUUCAGAAGCUGCUGAAUUAUUAAAAACAGAUAAUGAGAAGUAUAUGAAAAAAUGUGAGGACUGUGUAGGACAAAGUCAAGUUGAUAUAUAUAAGCAACCAAAACAUUCAGAGAAUAAUGAUCCAAAUUAUUUGCUAUUCGAUAUUUAUGACGAAGAAAUUCAUGGAACAUUAAGACGUUCAUGGCUCCAACAAAAAGAAAAUGACAAGUCUCAACAUUUAUCUUGGGUACAACCUGGAUCUUUAGAACCAUUUUCUCGGCCAAAUACGUAAACAAUUAAAUUGUUAAAUCUAAUAACAAUCAGCAAAAGUAUUAAUAUUUGUAAAAUUGUACAUACUGUAAUAUAAAUAUUUUAAUUAUUAUUAUUUUGUGUCAAGCAACCUUGUAUAUAAAUGAUGGACUAAAAAAAAUAAAAUUAACAGAUAUGAUUCAGUAACAUAAAAUAAUAAAGGCCUAUAGUUUGAUCGA